AUGUGGGCUGUGUGCGCGCUCGUACUGCUGUGCGUCCCCGCGAAUGUGCGCGCGCUCAACUGCAGCCUGGUGAAAGACGCGUACAGCGCGCUGGGCUUCAGUUCUGAUGAUGUGCCCGCGGAGCAGACCUCAGGUGAGGAUCUGCGUGUUUGUGCUCCUCUGGAAGCCUGCUGUAACACUCAGAUGGAGGAAAGCUUCAGUCACAGAAGCUCUCAUGACUUCCAGAAGCUCAUGGACGAUGCCAGCGAGGAGCUCAGAGACACAUUUAUGAGCGGACAUAAAAGGUUUGAUGAUUUCUUCUUGGAGCUGCUGGAGAGCGCCGAGCGCUCUCUGAACGAGAUGUUUGUCCGCACUUACGGUAAACCGUACCUGCAGAACGCAGAGGUCUUCCAGAGCCUGUUCUCGGAGCUGCGGCGUUUUUACACCGGCGGAAACGUCAACCUGGAGGAGAUGCUAAAGGACUUCUGGACACGAUUACUAGAGCGCAUGUUUCAGCUGCUCAACUCUCAGUUUCAGAUCACGGACGAAUAUUUGGAGUGCAUCGGUAAAUACACGGAGCAGCUGCGGCCGUUUGGAGAUGUGCCUAAAAAGCUGAAAUCACAGGUGACUCGCGCGUUUAUUGCGGCGCGCACAUUCGUACAGGGACUUGCGGUCGGACGUGACGUCGCUAACAGAGUCGCUCAGGUCAGCAUGAGCUCGUCGUGUGUCAGCGGCUUCACGAAGAUGCUCUACUGCUCGUAUUGUCAGGGUCUGUUCACACUGAAGCCCUGCAGAAACUACUGUCUGAAUGUCAUGAAGGGCUGCUUGGCAAACCAGGCCGAUCUCAACAACGAAUGGAGCAAAUUUAUCGAUGCGCUGCUGCUACUGACAGAGCGCCUGGAGGGUCCGUUUAACAUUGAGUCUGUGAUGGAGCCCAUCGACGUGAAGAUCUCAGAGGCCAUCAUGAACAUGCAGGAAAACAGCAUGCAGCUCUCCUAUCAGGUUUUUCAAGGUUGUGGGCAGCCGGAGCCAGCAGGAAUGACCCGCUCGGCCCGCAGCGUCCAUGACUCCUUCAGUGGACGCUUUAAGCCCUACGAGGAGCUGCCGACUGUGGCAUCUGGAGCGCCACUGCACCGCCUGGUGUCUGAGAUGAAGGAGAAGCUGAAGCAUUUCCAGUCGUUCUGGGUUUCUCUGCCGCUGGUUUUCUGUAAGGAUGAACAGAUUUCAGCAGAUGGACAAACUGAAGAUCAGCAGUGCUGGAACGGACAUCACAGCGGCAGAUAUAUUGCAGAGGUCCAGAAGGAUGGCCUAGCUCAGCAGGCCAGUAACCCAGAGGUCAGUGUUGAUGUUUCCAGACCGGAUUCCCUGAUCCGUCAGCAGAUCCUGGCUCUCAGAAUCAUGAGCAACAAGCUGAAAAACGCUUACGACGGACACGACAUCAACUUCCAGGACUCCAAUGAGGAGAGCAGUGGUUCUGGCAGUGGCAGCGGCUGCAUGGAGUCGUGUGUUACAGCCUCAGAUUCCUCCAUCACACACACUCCCGUCCCCAAAGCAGAAACUACAGACGAAGUGGCGACGGCGGCGGAUUCUGCUUCAGCUCUGGAGAUUUGCACACUGAUGCUGACACUGACACUGGCACUGACCUGCAGAUAG